CGUGGGGAGAAAUUAAUAAGAGAAGCGUGUGGCAUCAGCUGUGAUGUCAGCCGGAAAUGGUUGUGAACGUAGGGCCCUCUCAUCUCUCCCUCUUUACUUUUCUAGAAGCUGCUCAUUUGAAGAAAAAAGAGUCUGGGCUAAUCCUUAAAAAGGGUGAGAAGGUGGAGAAGUUGAAGAUAAACCACAAAGUGCAGACAGAGAGAAGGAAGAUGGUGGAGUCUCGGGAGGAAGAGCACCCACAGUCACAGAAGGUGUUUGGUUGGGCCGCGAGAGACUCCUCUGGUGUUCUCUCACCCUUCAACUUCUCCCGCAGGGCCAACCUUGCCGAUGACGUCACCCUGAAGAUCCUUUACUGCGGCAUCUGCCACUCCGACCUCCACACGACGCGCAAUGAAUGGGGCAACACCAUCUAUCCCAUCGUCCCCGGGCACGAGAUCAUAGGUACUGUGACGGAGGUGGGCGCCAACGUCACCGAUCUCAAGGUCGGCGACAUCGCCGGCGUCGGCUGCCUCGUGGGAGCAUGCCACUCCUGCGAGAGCUGCGAGGCUGACCUGGAGAACUACUGCCCCAGGCUGGUCUUCAGCUACAACUCCAUCGACCACGACGGCAACGUCACCUACGGCGGGUACUCCGACCGGAUCGUGGUGCCCAGCCGGUACGCCGUCCGGGUGCCCGAGGGGCUUCCGCUCGCUGCUGCAGCGCCGCUGCUCUGCGCGGGAAUCACGGUGUACAGUCCCAUGAAAUUCCACAGGAUGACGGAGCCCGGGCAGCACGUCGGGGUGGUGGGGCUCGGGGGCCUGGGCCAUAUAGCGGUAAAGAUGGCUAAGGCCUUCGGUAUCAGGGUCACCGUGGUCAGCACGUCGCCGGCCAAGGAGAAGGAGGCGAUCCAGGGGCUCGGUGCGGACGCCUUCCUGGUCAGCCGGGAUCCGGAGAAGAUGAAGGCUGCUGCUAACACUAUGGACUACAUCAUCGACACUGUUUCCGCAGCACACCCGUUGGACCCAUUGAUGGCCCUUCUCAAGCGCGACGGGAAGCUCAUCAUGGUGGGGGCGCCAGACAAACCUCUAACCGUCCACGCUUUUCCUCUAAUUUUCGGGAGGAAGGCCAUAGCCGGAAGCAUGAUUGGGGGGAUGAAGGAGACGCAGGAGAUGAUGGAUUUCUGUGGCAAGCACAACAUUACUGCAGAUGUGGAGGUCAUCAACAUGGAUUACGUUAACACCGCCAUGGAUCGGAUUGCCAAAUCGGAUGUCAAGUACCGGUUCGUCAUAGACGUGGCGAACUCGCUUUCAAAAUAGAGAUUGUUCCCAUGGCGCAUUCGCUAGAGGAGCUGCUUCUCCUCCGUUCCUAGCCAUGUAAUGUUGUUUACUGUCGUCAUAUCGUGUGCUUGUUUUAGCUAUUGGUAUAUACUGAUGAUAAGAUGCGUUGGAAGAUUUAC